GUGCACCAUCACUGCCGUGUUACCCGUCAGCCCUAUGUAAAUCCCUUAUCGAGUUAUCGAGAUCCUUAAAUCCUUCUCCUAUUUUAUCAUUUCUCAGCCCCAAAUCUCACAUCCCACAUCUUCAGGACCCACACAGAAUCAUAGGAUAGAUACCGACUUCCAACGUUGUCUGCUUGUUCUACAUCCCGAUAUUUCUUGACCAUAGGUUCUUCCUCAAACAAGUAGUAAACCACACCACCCAUCAACCAAUCCUAAUCUCUCAUUUUUUAAUCACCUUGUAAAAUGUCUGGUUGGGGUCACGACCAAAAUUACGGCGGAGGAUACGGCGGAGGAUACGGCGGAGGAGGAGGGGGAGGAUAUAACCAACCUCCUCAUCAAGGAUAUAAUCAGCCUCAUCAGGGGUAUAAUCAACCACCUCAGGGGUAUAAUCAACCUCCUCAAGGACCUCCUCAAGGAUACAACCAGCCUCCUCAAGGGUAUAAUCAGUAUGGUCCGCCUUCUGGUCCUCCGGGUCAUAAUCAAUAUGGGGCUCCUCCCGGUCCGCCUCCCCAGCAACAUGGCUACAACCAAUAUGCCCCUCCGUCUGGACCUCCGCCUACUCAGCAGCACGGGUAUCAACAGCAUUCCUCGUAUAACCAAGGAUCCAACCGCUACCCGCCGCCUUCCUAUCCCCCACCGCACGGGUUAGAUCCGUAUGGGUAUCCCGCUCAUUCCGGUGGCCCUCCCGUUCAAGGUUACGGAGGCCAGCACCGAGCCGGCCCUCCUCCGCCAAGUGCUCCACAGCAAUUCGGUCAUGGUGCACCUAAUGGUUAUACUUUCCAGUAUUCCAAUUGUACCGGUAAACGUAAGGCACUAUUGAUCGGCAUCAACUAUUUUGGCCAGAAGGGUGAACUACGUGGUUGCAUCAACGAUACCAAGAACGUCUCCCAGUUUCUUAUACAGCGCUACAACUAUAAGAGAGAGGAUAUGAUAAUCUUGACUGACGACCAACAAGACCCUAUCAUGGUGCCGACCAAGACAAACAUACUUCGAGCUAUGGAAUGGCUUGUUUCCGGUGCUCGUCCUAACGAUGCAUUGUUCUUACAUUAUUCAGGUCAUGGCGGACAGACAAAAGACCAAGAUGGCGACGAGGAAGACGGCUAUGACGAGGUUAUUUACCCUGUCGACUACGAAACCGCCGGCCACAUUGUCGAUGAUCAACUUCAUCAUGUAGUCGUCAAGCCUCUUCAAGCAGGUGUGAGGCUAACGUCAAUCUUUGACUCAUGUCACUCCGGUUCGGUUUUAGAUUUACCAUACAUCUACUCAACCAAGGGUGUUCUAAAGGAGCCGAAUCUCGCAGCCGAAGCUGGGCAAGGGCUGCUUAAGGCAUUCUCCUCCUACGCCCAGGGCGAUGCAGCAGGAGCUGCCAGCGCCAUCUUUGGUUUUGCCAAAACUGCGUUCAGGGGAGAUGACGGGUAUAAAAAGACAAUCGAAACCAAGACCUCGCCCGCAGACGUCAUCAUGUGGUCCGGCAGCAAGGAUGAUCAGACAUCUGCGGACGCUACCAUUGCAUCUCAGGCAACUGGGGCGAUGUCUUAUGCUUUUAUCACAGCUCUUACGCAGGACCCUAAACAAAGUUACGUGGAACUACUCAACAGCAUUCGUGACGUGCUAGAAACCAAGUAUUCCCAAAAGCCACAGUUGUCUUGCAGCCACCCUCUCGGUGAGUUCCUCGAACCCCAUGAAUCAAAUUACGUACUGACUUUUACAGAUACAAGUAUCCUAUUCGUUAUGUGAGCUGCUGGAAAUAGGAUAUGUGUUGGACGAGUUCGGCUUGACGUUGAGCAUGCAAGCGGAAAUUUAGCAGCAGGCUGUCCGAAAAUGAAACUAAAAUGCAUAGCAAAGUGUGAUUUAUAAAAUUUACCUG